GCUGUUUGAGAACUGCUUACUGCAGCUAGAUUUGCGCAAUCACACUAUAGUUUUAAUUAUUUUGAAGUCGGCAUCUGUGUGACUUGGAAAUGUUCAUGUUGUCAUCCUUUGACUUGUCUGAAGAAAACAAGUGAGGACGAGCAUGUUUUAGGUGAGGCAACAUGGCGGACACCGACUUCAAUGGCUGCUGUAUUUGCGCCAACAGCAAUUUUUUUUCUUCUCUCCCUACCAGAGCUCACCGAAAUGAAACGCUGGUUCGGUUUUGGAUUCAACGCUUUCGGACAAAUUACUGUCUCUGAUAAGUUGAUAGACGAAGACGCUGUGAAGGAAAUCAAACUUGUGAAGCCAACUGAACUCCACAGCGAAAGAAGCGUCAAAGCAGCAAGCUGGAGUCGAAGAAUUUCUUUAAAUUUGGAAGGUGAUAGACGCGUGUGGCUAACAGGAGUCUGCUGUGAGCUGUGUGUGGAAGAGAGUCAGGGCUGCACGGACGCCUUCCUCUCCGAGUCCUACUUAACCCUGAGCUUCCCGGACAGGACAGAGUCCUGGUCCCUGCAGGACAACCAGAACACCCGAGCAUGGCACAGGGACCUGAUGACACCGCCAGAUAGCCCUGGUCCCACAUUGAGUCUCCCUUUAGUUCCUGGGGGUUACAUUGCCACAAAGCCUCCCUUCUUCCGAUCUUUGUCACCACAUCUGAAAGCCAAGAGUCUGGUACUGGGUGCAGAGCAUGCCAUCCUUCUGAGUGCUACCGGAGUUGUCUAUACGUGGGGACUUGGCAGUCAUGGCCAGCUGGGUCAUGGAGGCCUCACCUCAGAACAGGAACCCAGAGCAGUGGAAGCCCUGUGGGGCAUGCCUAUGAGCUGUGUGGCUACAGGAGGCUGGCACUCUGUCUGCAUUAGUACUGGGGGUGACCUUUAUGUGUGGGGUUGGAAUGAGAGCGGUCAGCUUGGGCUUCCUUCACACGCUCUGAGAAAAGCAAAACAGCGAAGUGGUGAACAAACUGUGGCAUUAAGCCAAGAUGCCAGCACACCACCAGAGGAAGACAAAUAUGAAGAUGUGUUCAUAUCCAUCCAGCCUUUCCCAGCACUUGUGGACAUCAGCCCAUCGUGCGAGAUCAGCACAGUCAGCUGCGGCUCCCGGCACACAGCUGCAGUAACAACCACGGGUGAUCUCUACACUUGGGGAUGGGGGGAUUAUGGCCAGCUUGGACACCAGACUGUGACGAGUUCAGAUGAACCCCAGAGAGUGGAUUUCUUCAGGGAGCAGAAGAUGUUUGUGACAGAUGUAGUCUGCGGGGCAUGGAACACUUUUGUUGCUGUACAACCCCUGGCAAAAAUUAUGGAAUCACCGGCCUCGGAGGAUGUUCAUUCAGUUGUUUAAUUUUGUAGAAAAAAAAGCAGAUCACAGACAU